CGAAACCGCAAGUAAACAGAGCAGACCUAACAACUCCCAACCCCUCUAAACUCAACUCAAAUUCUUUUUGAGUUUCCGGUUUCCUCUCUUCCACUCUUCUCUUCCUUCCACCGCGCGAGCAAAGAAGGCCGGAGAAUGGCGGGUAAAGGUGGAAAAGGGCUUCUGGCGGGAAAGACCACAGCUGCAAACAAGGACAAGGAUAAGAAGAAGCCGGUUUCACGGUCUUCUCGAGCCGGUCUCCAGUUUCCUGUGGGUCGGAUUCAUCGGCAUCUGAAAUCAAGAAUUGCUGCCAAUGGGCGUGUUGGGGCCACUGCUGCUGUAUAUUCUGCAGCCAUCCUUGAGUACCUUACAGCGGAGGUAUUAGAGCUGGCAGGAAAUGCUAGUAAAGAUCUCAAGGUGAAGCGCAUCACACCAAGGCAUCUUCAGCUAGCCAUCAGAGGGGAUGAGGAGCUGGACACAUUGAUCAAGGGUACAAUUGCUGGAGGGGGUGUGAUUCCUCACAUCCACAAGUCCCUCAUCAACAAGUCAUCUAAAGAUUGAAAUUAUGGUUUAAUGGUAUUCGUCCUCUUCCAAUUUCUUCACUGAUAGACAUUGUUUAGGAUGUAUGAUUGUAUGUUGGUGGGGCUUAGGUGGACUUAUUUUAGUUUUGUUUGUGCAAUGUUUUACUUGGCUAGGAUCCAGUAUGAUCCUCAAUUGUACUUUUUACUCUAACAUCUUUGAUAAAUUCUAAUCUGAACGAGUAGAUUGUUUAGGUAGGGAAGAUUUGAGUAUUUAUUUGUC